AGAAACGUUGUCCAACGUUUCCCUCUUUCAGGCUUCCGCUGGUCAAGGUGAAUUCGGCUCAUAAUCCGACCUUUCAAUUUUAAAAUGGCGGAUGUUGAAGAAAAAGCUCCUUCAGAAAUCGAGAAAAGAGAGGACGAAGUAGAGCUUGAUGUGGGAAAAUGUGCUGCAGAAUUUGCGCAAUAUUGUCAAGUUGAUGUAAAGAAUGAGUCUAAAGUUAUCGAGGAAACCAUCGAGGAUAUGCUUGUUCGUUUGGACGAAUUUUCUCAUCUAGCUGACUCGAUACGCAAUGAUUCCUCACAAUCCUUGAUAGAAAUUAUUCCACAACUUUAUGAAACAUCUCAGGAACUUCCAACAAUCUUCAGAAAGAUUGAUCAACUAGAGGCUUUUGUAAAUGCAGUCAAGAAAAACGUGGAUGAAAUGGAGGAAAGUGUGUCAACAGCGGAAAGGGAACUUGGAAGUCAUAAAAUUCAAAAAGUCCUAAAAUCCAUACCAGGACUUAGACAGAUGACUCAGGGUCCUACAAAGCAAGAGAAAAAUUUCUCAGACUGGAAAGCACCAGCUGUGUUCAAAACAAGUGACUUCCUUGGUCAAGUAACAACAGAGGAACUGUCGGUCGAAGGUGACGAUACUCAAAAAUCUGCGACGAAUAAUUCCUCGCCGGACAAGCCCACAGAUGACAGCACAAGCCAUACGACAGACAGAUAAAGAUAGAACAAGAAAAUUAAAAGAAGAUGAGAAAAAAGCAAGAAUUUAUGAGCUGUCUAGAGUACAGAAUCAGGUUACUUUUUCUUAUCUCUGGUGGAAAAAAGUCACCCAUCAGAAAAUCAUGUUUUAAUGCUACAGAAAUAUUCUAAGUUUAUCAACAUUUGGAGAACACACUAGAAUAAUAGUUCUGAAUUAUAAAUCAACUCAUUACCGUGGUCUAUAACCGUAUUUGUUAAAAGGGACAUCGUAUGUAACAAUGACAGGUUAAGAAAUAAUUAAGUAAGGGUAAUGGCAAAAUAAGAGCUUACAUUUUCAUUCUUAAAUCAAUGCGAGUUUGUAAGAGAACAGUGUAAUUUCAACCAAGUCAGUAUUUCAAUAAAUAUGAUAGGUUAAAGUUUUCCUUAAA